AUGGCAUUUCCGUACCAGUGUCUUGUCGCUCGCAGCGAGUCGUCUGCAGACGGGGCAGCCUGGACGCUUUUUGGCGCAAGUGGCUCCAAGAUCGUUGUUCAAUCUAGCAACGGCGUGGCGUCUGUAUGGUCGCGGCAAGCUGUCCAGGUACUAGAUCCCAAAGAUGAUGACACACAAGAGCCCCCAGGAAAACGGAUCAAGCUGUCAACACCAAAAGAACAAAAAUUCAAUUUCUCAAGCUUGGUGCUAUCGAACAACGGCCACUAUCUGGUUGGCGUGACUGGCGAAGAUAAAUGCGUUCGGGUUUUCCAGAUCGAUGCCCAGAGCGGUCUCCAGCAAUUAAGCGAGCGUUGCAUGUCAAGAAGGCCGUCGGCAAUCACAUUGACAUCUGACGACUCCACUAUCUUAUGUGCGGACAAAUUUGGAGACGUGUAUGCUUUGCCACUGUUACCUUCGCCGGAGGAUGAACAGGUAGAAGCCCCUGCACCAGCGCUGCCGCUCGAGGAGAAAGACUUCACUCCAUCCGCGACUGUUUUCACGGUCCACUCUGGAAGGAAUCGAAGAACUCUCGAGGAGCAGCUUAAGCAGAAGGCCAAGGGGCCGGCCAAGCCCAAAGAGGCGAUUACCUUCAGACACGACCUCCUUCUGGGCCAUGUCUCCAUGCUCACAGAUCUGGCGUUCGCCAAGAUAGGGAAUAAGAGCUACAUUAUUACAGCAGAUAGGGACGAGCACAUCCGCAUAUCGCGGGGAGUGCCCCAAGCCCACAUCAUCGAGGGCUUCUGUUUUGGACACGAAGAGUUCGUGAGCAGACUCUGCGUGACACGAUCCGGGCUACUGGUCUCAGGCGGAGGCGAUGCCCAUCUCCUUGUCUGGGACUGGCGGAAUUUCCUACUGAACGAGAAGUUGCCACUUCGCGAUACUGUCAUUAAACAUCUCAGGUCACGACCAGACCUCAGCUCAUCCUUCAAAGACGAUGCAUCCUUCAAGACUGCUGUCUCUGGGAUAUGGGAGGUUCCCGGCAUCAAAGAGACGAGCGAAGUACUUGUGGCAUGCGAAGGGCUGCCAGGACUGUUCAACUUCAAUGUUGGUACGGGCGCAGUGAACGGCGACUCGCUGUCACUGAUGGGCAAUCCGCUGGACGUCGCAUUCGUGCAAACCUCGCCAAACUCUUGGACGACGAUUGUCUCCAUAGACAACGUGCACAAAGCGGGGUCGACAUCGGAACUUCGGGAGAAUGCAGACGGAGCGCGGUUGCAGUACUUCUCAAAGCAGGUAGAUGGCGCAUGGCGCGAAGACGCCGAAAUGGGUGCACUUGUCAGCUCAUUUGCCCUAGGAGGCACAGACGGUCCAGAUCUGACGACUGCAGAUGAUAAAGCAGUGCGAGACAUUUUGUAUCAUGUGGAGAAUUUGCGAAAGAGACCAGGCGCUGAGGAUUAG